AUGAGAGGUCGGGGCAGGGGCCCUUCUGGUGGACGGGGGGGCUAUCCGUCAGAAGGGGAAGGCCGAGGUCAGGGAGGCCGUUUUGGCGCGAGAGGCCGUGGGGGCGGCGGAGGAGGUCGAGGAGGAGGCGGUCGCGGGCCGCCUGCAUACGAGCCGCACCUGCCGGCGCCGCAGCCUGCCUACUACGAGGCGCCUGCUGCGCCGUACGCUUCUCCAGCACCGUAUGCCGCGGGACCCCCGGCUCCUGCUGCUCCUCGCCCAGUGGCGGCGCCGUCCGUCCCACCGCCUGCACCCGUUCCUCUGCCACCCACCGCAGCGCCGUCCACCGAGGCAGUCGUCGCGCAGCUCACUGGACUCGCGCUGUCUCGCCCCUCCGGCCUCACCUCUCCGUUCCCGCGACGCCCUGACCGAGGGGGCACUGUCGGGCAGAUUAUGAAGAUCCGUGUGAACCAUUUUCCGCUUCAGAUUGCGGACCUCGUCAUUUUUCACUACGAUGUGAGUGAGACUGUAGAAAGCGGCGACAG